UUGAUCCACUUUUACUGUAGAUACGCGUUGAAUCUAUGCAAGCUGCUUCACCAUCAUGAUCAAUUAUCAUGAUGAUGUUCCUCUGGUUCCGGGUGGGUGGGGGAUGAUUUUAUUCCAUUUCUUUUGGCCGCGUGAGUGAACCCCACUCCAACACGACUUUCUCUUCCCCCACUUCGAGAAGAAGAAGAGGCAGAAGCAGAGGGAAAAUAGCUAAGCGAAGAAGAAUGGGUAGAAUGCUGGAAGCAGCAGUGGUAUUGGUAUUGUUGGGGCUGUGUCUGUGCGCGCUGCCGUGGCUUGGGAUGGCGCACGACAUGGGAAACCCAUUUGUGGUGCGCGGACGGGUUUACUGCGACAGCUGCCGGGCAGGAUUCGAGACCGCCGAAGCCUCCCCUGGCAUCGCCGGUGCUAGGGUAAGAAUUGAGUGCAAGGAAAGGGACACUUUGCAGCUUACAUACAGCAUAGAGGGGGUGACGGACUCAACCGGGACUUACCAUAUCAUGGUCACCGGUGACCGGGAGAACGAUUUCUGCAACGCGAAGCUUAUCAGCAGCCCGCUGUCCUACUGCGCUGAACCCGACCCAGGACACGACCAUGCUCGCGUUAUCCUGACCCGCUCCAAUGGCAUCGCCUCCGACACUCGCUUCGCAAAUGCCAUGGGAUUCCUCAGGGGUAAGCCCAUGUCUGGCUGCUCCCAGCUGCUCAAGAAAUAUGAUGAGACUGAGGAGUAGAGAGCAUAAGUGAUCAAUUUUCUUUGCCAAAAUGUAAGUUUGGAUUUGCAUUAUUAAUGCUGGUGCAUCUUGUCCCUUCCCUAUAGAUAUAUAAAUAUUUAUGUUUGGGGUUCUUGGA